AGCUGACCUUGCAAGUUUGCUUAUUAGUCUAAUGAUGUGAGUGAUUUUGCACUUUCAUUUAAAAGGGAGUCCGUGGGCUGACUGAAAGAACUGGAAAAGUUUGUGAGGCCGGAGAGAGAGAAGGUUCAGCGCGUCUCCAUGUAAAGUUGACAAGUCCGGACAAAGAAAAAGAGGAAAAAGGAGAAUGUCUAUAACAGAGCUCUUGUCGGUCACCAUUCUCCUGAGCCUUUUGAUGCUCUACCUCCUGAGGCAAUUCUGGUUUCGCAGUCAUUAUCCUUCGGGAUGGCUUCCAUUGCCUGCCACCGGAAGCUUAUGGCAAGCUGGCGUCAGGCUUUAUCAAGAGACGCUGUCUAAGCAGUUGAAAGAACAAAAUGGCACCUCUAACACCUCCAUGACUCCUUACGGUAGCAUAUUCAAUGACAAUGGUGGAGAACUAUUGAAGCAGCAAAAAGAAAUUGGGCAGCUUAUUUUGUCAAAGCACGAGAGAGAAAAGAAAGGAGUGGAGAGCCUGGUGGAACAGGAGGCCCCUCGGCUGGUGGAGACUUUCGCGCGUGUAAAUGGGCAGCCAUUUGACCCUUUGAAUGCCAUCAUUGCUUCCCUUUCCAAAAUGGUCUGGACUGUGAGCUUUGGCGACCGCUCCCCUCUUGAAGACAAGGACAGCCAACAAUUGACGGACGCCAUUGAAUCUUCCGUAAAAUCUGGAGGGAGCUUUGUUUACGCUUUACAUAAACAGUUCUCAUGGCUCAUGAAAUAUUUCCCAGGGCCACAGAAAAAUGCCCUGUCUAGCAAGGAGCUGGUGCUUUCCUUUACAAAGAAGGCGAUGCAGAAACAUAAAGAAGCAAAGCCGGUGAAGGAGCCACAAGAUUUCAUUGAUUUCUACUUGUCACAUAUGGAGAAAAAUAAAGGUGGCCAGAAUUCUACCUACAAUGAAGAGAACCUGGCUGAAUGUAUUUUCAACUUCCUUCUCUCGGCUGCAGAAUCAACUGCAAUCACUCUCCAGUGGGCACUGCUGCUGAUGGCGUCUCAUCCAGAUGUUCAAGAUAAAGUCCAUAAGGAGAUAGAAAAGGUUUUGGGUUCUUCAAAUGCUGUUGGCCAUCAAGACUGGAAGAAACUACCUUAUACCAGUGCUGUGAUUCAUGAGAUCCAGCGAACCAAACAUGCAUUCUUAUUCAGAAUCAUCAAACAAUGUGCAAAGGAUGUGAAUAUCUUUGGUUUUCUUGCUCCCAAGGGAACUUUCAUUAACCCGGAUCUGAAUUCAGUAUUACUUGAUCCCAAACUAUGGGAGACACCUGAAAAAUUCAACCCAAGUCAUUUUUUGGACAAGGAUGGAGAAUUUGUUGCCAAAAAAGAAUUUCAACUCCUUGCUGGUGAGUCAGAAGGGUCUUUAGAGGAUAAAUUAGCAAGAGUGGAGUCCUUUACCUUCUUUAUAAAUCUGCUCAAGACAUUCGUCUUCAAGUUACCAGAAGGAGAGAACAAAACCAGCGAACAACCUAGAAUUGGGUUGACAACGUGUCCUCAUUCUUAUAAAAUCUGUGCUGUUCCUCACCACAAGAAAUCCUAAAUUCUAAUUAUCAAUAGCACACUUCGAUUUUACAAUAGCAUUGUUCAAUCUCAACUUGCUCAAUUCAAUCUUGAGUAGAAAUUCACAUAACGAGUUGCCUCUUUGACGGAUUGGAUUGCUGAGUCUGUGAUGAUUGCCUGACACAUUCUUCUUUGUUUGACAUUACUAAAUUAAUGUACAAUAUUUGGUUCUUUGCAGUGCAUAGCACUUUUGGAUUACUGUAUUUUUCGGAGUAUAAAAUGAACCGGAGUAUAAGACGCACCUACCUUUUUUGGUGAGGAAAAGAAGAAAAAAAAAUCUCCCUCUGCCUUUGAGCAAUUUUGCCUCGUUGCAGCAAACAGCAAACAGCCUGCUUUAGUUUCAGUUUCGUUUUCAGCAUAGCUUGAUUAGCACAAGGGAAAAAAAAUCUGCUCCAGCAAUUUAACUCUUUGCAGCAAGCAGCAGAGGCCCGUGCAAAACAGCUGAGAGCAAAUCAGCUGAGAGUCGGAAGGCCGAUCCAAUCAACUUGUGCUAAUUAGGCUGUGCUGAAGCUGAAAGGAGCUGUUUUUUCUUGCUGUUUGCUUGCAAGGAGAUAACUGCUGCGAGGCAGAGGCCAAAGGGUGGGGGCCAGUGGGUGGGCGGGGAUACAUUUGGUGUAUAAGAUGCACCUAAAUUUUCACCCCCUUUUAGGGGGGAAAAAGGUGGGUCUUAUUCUCUGAAAAAUAUGGUAUGUGCCAUGAAGUCAUUUUUAAUUCGAGUGACCAUCAUAAAUGUAGAUUUUCUCCAUGAUAAUGUAUCCCUAGUCUGUUCUUUCAGGUAUCCAUUGGUGCACUCAUCGUAUUGUAAUACAUAACAAUAAAUUCUCUUUGUGUCUUUGAAAAAAAUCUUGAGGGUUUUUAUUAAAUAAAGUAGCAUUC